AUGCCUGUUGGAUCGUGCUUGAUUACAGGUGGCACUGGCUACAUUGGAUCCUUCACCGCCCUCGCAUUGCUCGAGGCCGGCUACAAGGUCGUGAUUGUCGACAACCUCUACAACUCGUCCCCCGAAGUCCUGAACCGAAUCGAGCUCAUCUGUGGAAAGAAGCCGGAAUACUACAAUGUCGACAUCACCGACGAGAAGGCUCUGGACGACGUGUUCGCCAAACACCCCGACAUCGACAGUGUCAUCCACUUCGCAGCGCUGAAAGCGGUCGGCGAGUCCGCCGAGAAGCCUCUCGACUACUACCGAGUCAAUGUCUACGGCACCUUGACGCUUCUCUCCUCCGCCGCCCGGCACAAUGUCACCAACAUCGUCUACUCCUCCUCCGCGACCGUCUACGGCGACGCGACCCGAGUUCCCGGCAUGAUCCCCAUCCCCGAAGAGUGUCCGCUCGGCCCAACGAACCCCUACGGAAACACAAAGUUCACGUCGGAACUCAUGAUUACAGACCACAUCAACGCCGAGCGCGCCAAAGCCGAGAAGAAGGGCGACGCCGACGCCGUCAAGAGCUGGAACGCUGGUCUGCUGCGAUACUUCAAUCCCGCGGGCGCGCAUCCUAGCGGCAUCAUGGGUGAAGACCCGUCAGGGACUCCCUACAACCUCCUCCCUCUGCUCGCACAGGUGGCGACGGGCAAGCGCGAAAAGCUUCUCGUCUUUGGCGACGAUUAUGCAUCUCACGAUGGCACCGCCAUUCGCGACUACAUCCACAUCCUCGACCUCGCCCAGGGUCAUCUGAAGGCUCUGGACUAUCUCCGCCAACACCAUCCGGGCGUGCGGGCCUGGAAUCUGGGAACAGGUCGCGGCUCGACGGUGUUCGAAAUGAUUAAGGCGUUCAGCAAGGCGGUCGGUCGCGAUCUCCCCUACGAAGUCGUCGGCCGUAGACCUGGCGAUGUGCUAGAUCUCACGAGCAACCCGGCACGCGCGAACAAGGAGCUGGGAUGGAAGGCCCAGCGGACCUUGGAGGACGCCUGUGCGGAUCUCUGGUGCUGGACGGAAAACAACCCCGAGGGAUACAGACAACCGCCGCCGCAGAAAUUCCUGGAUGCUUUGAAAAAGAACAACUAG